AUGCUCAAUUUCCGUAUUUGCUCCGAGCGACGAGAAACUAUAAGUAAAUUACCUGAUGCCGUUCCCGACGCGGCGCAAACGCCAGAAGCGGUUCCAAAUGGUAAUGGAGUUGCAUACAAAAAAAGCAUAACGCUCUCCGUGGAGCAGGGCAUGUCCAGCAAGAAGUCCAGCUACAUGAGCAUACAGAGUGAGAAGUCGACAUGCAGCUGCGGAAAGGACUCAGACAGCGAAGUGUUGGACGACAGAAAGAGCAGCGCGGGACGCAAGACUAUAUCGGACCUGAUGCAGAACAACGUGCGCACUAGUAUAGAUCUACAGUAUGACAAAUUUGAAAAGGAUGCCAAAUCAGUGUCACAAAUAAAGGCAGCGAUCAUGGCGAACGAUUUCUUGAAGAAUUUGAUGGAUGAGGAGCGGUUGAACGCGGUUGUAGAGGGGAUGAGUCCCCAGGAGUUCCCGGCGGGCAGCCUCAUGAUCCGGGAAGGCGAGAGUGGCAGCCACCUCUACGUCUCCGCCCACGGGAACUUUGAAGUCCUCAAGGGUGGACAAGUUGUUAAGAACUUCGGCCCCGGGGAAGCGUUUGGGGAACUCGCCAUAUUAUACAAAGCUAAACGUUUUGCUUCCAUCAGAUGUAUAACAGAAGCAAAAGUAUGGACCCUGGAGCGACGAGUUUUCCAGAAGAUAAUGGUGAGGAGUGGACGUCAGGAACAGGAGGACAACAUCCGAUUCCUGGCAUCCGUGCCUCUCUUGAGGGACAUCCACCCUAUAGAGCUCGCCAAGAUCUCUGACUUCCUAAAACGGGAGUUCUUCUCAACGGGAACAGCGGUGGUGAGGCAAGGUGACCGCGGCGACAAGUUCUACAUAAUCCGCGGUGGUACGGUUGCGGUAACAAAGCGCGAUGGUGACGGCGGCGAGAGGCGCGUGGGGGCGCUACGCCGCGGAGACUACUUCGGCGAACAAGCGCUGCUGCACGAAGACCGUCGUCUCGCCACUCUUGGUAAUCUAGAUGAGUUAAAGAAUGUACGACAUGCCGUGCCACGAGCUUCACAACAGAAGAAAAAUUCUGAAGUCAAAAGCGAGUACGAGUUUGUGGCACUUAAGGAUUUGGAGAUAAUCGGUACAUUGGGUGUGGGAGGGUUCGGUCGCGUGGAGCUGGUGCAGUACAAGCCGCGGCCGACGCUCACGUUCGCGCUCAAGUGCCUCAAGAAGGUGGACAUGGUGCAGCAGCAGCAGCAGGAGCAUGCCUACAACGAGAAGAACAUCAUGAUGACGUGUAACAGCCCAUUCGUCUGCAGGUUAUAUCAAACAUUCAAAGACAACAAAUUCAUAUAUUUCCUAAUGGAGCCGGUGCUGGGCGGCGACGUGUGGACAAUACUACAGAAGCAGAGGUAUUUCCCUGAGAACAUCGCGCGGUUUGUCGCCGCCUGCGUCGUCGAGGCUUUCCAGUACUUGCACUCAAAGGAUAUCAUAUACAGAGAUCUCAAACCCGAAAACUUGAUGCUGGAUAAAAACGGCUACAUUAAACUGGUCGAUUUCGGUUUCGCAAAACGGUUAUCCCAGAAUAGCAAGACAUGGACAUUCGCAGGCACUCCUGAGUACGUUGCACCUGAAAUUGUUUUAAACAAGGGUCACGACCGCGCGGUAGACUGCUGGGCGCUGGGCGUGCUGAUCCACGAGCUGCUGGUGGGCAAGCCGCCGUUCCGCGCGGCCGGCGGCGACCACAUGAAGACGUACACGCUCAUACUGCGCGGCAUCGACGCGGUCGCCUUCCACCCGCGCGUGCCCAAGUCCGCGCAGCUGCUGGUCCGCAAGCUGUGCCGCGCCGUGCCCGCCGAGCGCCUCGGGUACCUCAAGAAUGGCAUUGUUGACAUUAAAAAUCAUAAAUGGUUCCUAGGCUUCGACUGGGAUGGUCUCCGUGAGAAAAAACUGAAGGCUCCUCUCAUCCAGCCCGUCUCUAGCGAUUUCGACCUUAGCAACUUUGAGAAGUACCCCAAGGACAAACUACCACCAGAUGAAACCUCAGGCUGGGACAUUGACUUUUAAAACCAACGUAACUGCAUUUCAUUAUAUCCAUAUUUAUUUGUAUAUAAUUAUUAGAGAGAAAUACAAUAUUUUUACAACACAACAGUUUUUUUUUUAGAUUUGAUAGCAAAUAGCAACAUACAGAAAUAUCUAUAGAUAACUGUCGUCGUUCUACGCCUUCUAUAGUUAAUCUUCUUAUAAAGUUAAGCCUAGUCUACACAGCGGAUGACUGUACUCGACUUGUCAACUCUAUA